CUCUGUAAAGCUGUGAGCAGCUGUAGUAAACUCAAACUCUCUCAGAAUGGAGUCUAUACUGAGAUAUCUGGACUGGAUAUCUGUUGUCUUGGUCCUGCUGGCUGGUUUUCUCUCUCUGUUUCUGCUGGAGAUCUUCAGGUUGAACUCCUCCAGGUUUCACAUCCCUCCAGGACCCAAACCCCUGCCUUUUGUGGGAAACCUGCCGGAAUUCAUGAAGAAUCCCAUGGAUUUCAUCAGAUCUAUGGCAAAAUAUGGUGAGAUGUCCUCCAUGUACCUGGGCAGGAAGCCAGUAGUCAUGCUGAAUAGCAUGGAUGUUGUGAAGAAGGCGUUUGUUCAGAACGGGGCUGUGUUCGCUGGAAGGCCUUUUAUACCAUUACUGAACUGGAUCUCUGAGGGGUAUGGUAUCGUGAUGGUCACAUAUGGAAUUUCGUGGAAACAGCAGCGUCGGUUUGCUCUGCACACUCUGCGCAACUUUGGUCUGGGGAAGAAAACCGUGGAGGAACGUGUGGCCGAAGAGGCACGGUACCUUAUUAGAGAGCUACUCAAACAGGAAGGAAAGGCCUUUUAUCCCAUCCACCCCAUCAUGAACGCAGUCUCCAACAUCAUCUGCUCCAUCAUCUUUGGAGACCGCUUCGAGUAUGAUGACAAGCGCUUUGCUCAACUCCUGGAGAUUUUGAAUGAAAAUAUGAGAGUUGGUGGAUCACCUGUUGGAAAGAUCUUCAACUUACUCCCCAUAAUAAAAUACUUUCCAGGACCACACCAGAAAAUGUUGCAGAACGCCAACUGCUUCAAGGUGUUCAUACGUGAGGCUGCUGAUCAGCACAGGGAGACUCUGGAUCCAGCAAACCUCCGGGACUUCAUUGACGCUUACCUGGUUGAGAUGGCCAAGCAAGAGCCAAACGAAGACUCCACCUUCCAUGAGCAGAACAUGGUUAUGUCCAUUUCUGACCUCUUCUUUGCUGGGACAGACACUGUAGCAACAACUCUAAGAUGGGGCCUUAUUUUCAUGAUGGAGCACCCUGAUGUGCAAGAGCGCUGUCAUGAGGAGAUAGUUCGGGUGCUGGGUUUUGAUCGUUCUCCCUGCAUGGAUGACCGUACACAGCUCCCCUACACUCACGCCACUGUUCACGAGAUCCAGCGCUAUGCUAAUGUUGUUCCUCUGAGUGUGAUGCACCAAAUCACACAGCCGACACAGCUACGAGGAUACCACCUCCCCAAGGGAACAGACAUCUUACCUAACUUAACAGCCAUUCUGACUGAUCCAGACCAGUGGAAGUACUCCGACACAUUUAACCCAGAGAACUUUCUGGAUGAGAAAGGACAAUUCUGCAAGAACGACUUCUUUCUGCCAUUCUCUCUUGGUCCGAGGGUGUGUCUGGGUGAGUCUUUGGCGAAGACAGAGCUCUUCAUCUUCUUCACCUCUCUGAUCCAGCGGAUGAAGUUCUCAUGGCCUCCUGGAGAACCUCGUCCAAAUAUGGAUGGUACUGUGGGCAUGGUCCGCUCUCCAUUCCCCUUCAAUACAGUCUGCCACAGCAGGGACACCACCCACUGACUCAGACCACCAAGUUCAGCCUUUAUUAUAAGACUGGACAACAUCAGAACAUUAGAAAAUGUUUCUACCUUGGAGAACUUUUGCAUGCUGAGAAUAAACUCGCUGUUCAAAUCCAUUUACAGAAAGCAUAUUAAAGUACAGCUCCUUCCCAAAGUCAUUAAAACAGUUUUACUCAUAGAGUAAACCCAACUGUACUUCUCAAACAGGAUAGAAUCACAAGAAAACUGUGACUUGCUCUAAUAGUCUACAAUACAGCUACCAGGUUUAUAUCAAACACAUUUUAAUACCCAAGGAAAGGAAGCUGCAAGGGGAAAGACUACACACUAAUGGUACAGGUUGGUGGACACACACAUUAUGGAAAUACUGAAGCCAGGAGCCAAUAAUAAAGAUAAAGUACUUUUUAUGCAACAUAACUGUGAAAUGUUGACUAGACUUCACCUUGGUUUUUGGAUUGUCCCAGCUGUUCAAUUUAGGUAAAUAUGGAGUGAACUCUAACCUAGGGUUGCCACCUUUCAAAAUUUUAAAUGUAUACCACAGACCCGACACCUGUGGAAGGGGGCACCGGCAGCAGUGAUGUAUUAUUAAUUUGUGCUAGUGUUUUUAGUAAACCACUUAUUAUAUUAUUUUAUGUAAUGAUCACUGUAUCCCUCAAAAUAUAACUAUUACUAUCUUGACACAAAUUACAGAGAAAUCUGUACAAAACCUUUUAAUCUAAGAAACCAUUUCUUAGAUUAAAAGGUUCACAUUUAAAAUAUUUAAGUAACUGCACAGUUAAUUAAACUGGCCUUAAUUAAUUUGGUAUAUUGUGGUCUGAAACAAAACUAGAAUCAUAAUCUCUGGCUCAUGUCUCAGCUCUGACUUUGGUUGUGGCGGGUAGAAUCUCAAACAGGAAACAGGAAAUACUCCGUAGGGUAGACUGUCCCAUUUUAGUACAGCCAUCGCAUCCUACCCAUCCUUCAAAGGACACCUUCGUAGACCGCGUCCUUCGAAGGAUACAGCCGCUGAAUUGAGACACAGCCAUAUACAGUUAUUAAGAGAAAACCUGCUAAUUCAACCUUCACAUUCUGCUCUUACUGGUGCAAUGGGCAAUUCAUGAAGAUUGGCCACCAGGCUGCUCCAGUUUACUCUACUCCAAUUUAUGUACUUUUAACUAUAUUCUCAUUCUAUUUAUUGUUUAUUGUGCUUUCGUUCGUAGUGUAAUGUUUGUCAAUAGUCUGUGUAACUCUUACAUGUCACACAUGUGUUGCUCUCACCAAGCCAAAUUCCUUGUAUGUGUAACAUACUUAUAUAAAGUGAUUCUCAUACA